AUGGAGUCUGCCCCAUCAUGCAAUCGAAUUGCUGCAGUACGGCUGGUGAAACGAUGCAAAGCCUUAGGGGAGGAGGCCACAGACCCCGAGGCGAAUGAGAGGCUUGAUACCAUUCGAUCUGUAUACGCAGCACGACUGGCAAUCUGCGAGCUGGAAGGAGCUGGUGCAACGGUUCCUUCUUCAUGCCUUCCUCUAACAAUGUCCCAGACUCCACCGAAACGUAUCCUUGGCUUCGGCGCCAAGACAAUUGUGCCUGACACGGGCACCGACAUCUUCCCCUAG